AUGAAGAACGCUUUGCCUCGCUUCCUCCUCGGUCUUCUGUUUCUCGGCGUCGGUGCAUUCAUCGGAACAAUCCACGGUCUGCGGCCUCUAUCAAAAGUCAUUAAACGAUUCCCCGGAGACGCCCAUAGUGUUACAACACGAGAGAAAGCGCUCAAAUGUCACGCGGACGAUCCAGAAAGUUGGGGCUAUGCAGCUUGCAGUGUACUCAUCAAGUGUAUUCUCGAAAGCCUCGAUGACCUUUUCAAGAGUGACCUCGCCAUCGGCACGACUAUCCUUGGUCUGGUGCCUAGUAUCUUGAUUAUUGCCGCCGCACACCCCGAGGAUAUCGUCCGCCUUGCCCUUGUAUCACCGCACAGAGCUCUAGCAGUGUCCAUCUUUGGUAUUGCUUUGUCGCCGAGUUUAUUCUCAAGACCGACACCGUGGAAAUCAGAGUUGAGAGAAGAUUCGGAGAGGACCUGGGAUAUUGAAUUGUCUCAAUUUACCAAAGGGCCAUCUUGGAAGCAUGUAGUUUGGAAGAGCUUGGCUGAUCUCAUGAUCCUAGCUAUGGCUUCAGUUGCGUUGUGGCAGUGUUGGGUUGUGAACUCAGCUGCAAUGGUCCAGUGGCUAUGCGAGUCGCCUUUGCUACUUUUCACAUGGCCCCUUGCAAACAUGACUUGGGUUCUCUUUGCUGUUCUACUCCUCCACUCGAUGGCAGAGAGCAUAGAAUUCAAACACCCCUCACUAAACGUCUCUUACGCAUGGUGGGAGGUUCUCCUUCUACCCUACUCCCUCGACUUUGAGAAGAGACUCGCAUGGGAAGAGAAUCAUGUUCCUAUCAGCGCACCCUCAAUCGGCCAGAUGUUUGAAAUUCCAUAUCCAUGGCUCGCGACAAGCGGUCCGGCAAUGUCAAAUGACACUUAUGUGAUUCGGAUCGUCGUCAAGAUGUCCAACGAUCAGUACACUUUGAAGUGGCAGGCAUACUUCUUCAUAAUCGAGUUUUGUGCGAUCGGGAUAUACUUUUACGCAACUUUUGUCCUUCUCAGUGCUGUCUUUAUCGGAGCGGUGGGAAGUGUUCGGUUUGGAGCCAUGAUGGCUGGGCUUUAUGCGGCGAUUCGAUCUGUUCAGUGUGUUUUCUAG